AUGAAUUUACCGGAUGACAAGCAGUUAGUACGUGAAAAUAACAUAUCGAAAAUGGGUUUGCAUGCAAAACUGGCGUGGAUAGCAUUAUUUUUUUGCUUGGGUUUGAUUGCUUUGGCCCAUUGUGUACCGAUCGAAGUCAUCUAUACCGGUGAAGGCUGUGAUUGCCCGUCGAAGUUGGACUAUACCGUAAAUGUGCCAAGUGUGCCGAAAUCAAAGAAAUGCCCGUAUACGCCUAGCGAGUACGGUUAUAAGGUGGACGUACCAAUUUCGCGUCCAGCAAAAGCGAAAGUGACAUACAGUUUCGAUUUCACAGUCGAAGAGCCACGUACACCGAAGCCUGCCAAACCGUCCACAUUAAAUCUGUUCGCCAAAGUCGAUCGUGUGGCAGUCAAAAAGGGCGAUUGCGUAGAUAGUGAUACCGCACCAUCUGCCCCGUCCACUUGCCGUUGUGGACAAUGCGGCAUCACCAAACCGCUCUAUAGGUAUGUAUUCGACAAUAUGCCAUCCCAACCGCCAUGCAAGUGCCGGCGACCGAACUGUAAAUGCAAUCGUUGUCGCGCGGCUUCAACUCCAUACUCGCCAAAUGCGAUUUUAAGGGGUCCUUCUCUAAGUGACAUGACGCCAAUGGCUAUGAACUUGGAAACUGGUAGUGGUGGUGAUGAAAAUGAUGGUUACGUCAAAGACGGCAGUGGCGGUGCGGAGGUUGGCGCUGUUAAUAUACGUCGUAAACGCGAUUUACAACGCACACUCUUCCGACCUCGCAAGAUGACCAGGGAACGCCCAGGUCGCUUUGUAAAGUUAUACCACAAAAAUCUGUCCGAUACACCGCGCCGCCUAUUUGACUUUGAUGGCCUCUCUAACAAGCAGCUAGACCAACAACAAACUGCGAAGAAAACGAAGCGAAAGGCGAAGAGGACGCACUACAAACGUCAACGCUCACGGCUAGUGAAGCGCGACAUCAAGGGUGAGUACGAACUGCUAGAAAAGGAGCGUGAUCAGAUGGAUCUGACUUUGCCUGAAAUCAUACAAUUCAUGCCCGAAACAUUGCGGCCCAAUUUUAAGAGAGGUCAAUGUUAUUUCGGCUGUGGAUCGAAGCGUCCCAUCAACCCGCCCAAGUCAACACAUAGUAACACCGACAACCCCGGCAACAGCAGCGACCCUAGCUCAACCGAAUUCAAUGUAAGCAGCAAAGAAGUCAACGAAAACACGGCCGCCACCAUAACAUACACCGACAGUAAUAGCAGCAAUGACGAAAUCUUCGACAUGAAUACGGAUAGGAUUGCUGAUGAAGACGCCAAUGCAGAUAAAGGAACUGAUAAUAACCAAUUCACACAAACUGAGAAGAUGACCAUUAACGAAGAAAACUCAGACAAAGAAACACACAAAGACUCUGCCAUACAAAAUGACAUCGGUUCUUCACACACAAAACGCCAAGCGGCAAACUAUUAUUCCGGUGGGUCAGCGUCAUCGGCUGAAUCAGCAAACCCCAGCUGUAGCGAGUGCUUGCCCGCAUUGUUGACGAAAAGAGCUUACCGCGCAAAUUUGCCGCCAGCGCCACCGUUUUCCACUAACCCAAAUUACAAACCACAACAACCGACAUACUCGCAGAAAUCUGCAUAUUCAGCAGCGCAGCCAACAACAGAAAAUGCGCCAACGUCGCCCUAUUUUGACGAUCGCAUGGGUCGUAAGUACUUAGAAUGGAAUGAUUACAUGCGUGAUGUGACCUCCGCAUUGUCGGUGCCAGAUCCGCUAGAUCAUCACGCGAUUCCAUUGCGAUAUGAUGGCGAUUUAGAAUCACCAACACCGGCCUACUCCAGCAGUUACCCGCAAGAUAUGCCGCCAAAUGCAGCAGCCCAAAACUAUCCAGUGCAACAUAUUACUAACGAACAAAUCGAUAAGAUAAUCGCCGACAUUGUUUAUCGACAUCCAGCUUUCAUAGAUGCCACAUCGCACUUUGGUGGCGCGUUAGUGGAUCCCGAACCGUGGCAAGAGCUGGAAACAGUAGCAUUUCUUAAAAAACUUAUCGAUGGUCGGUUGAGUUUAUGGUUUGGCAAAGAAGAUGAACACAAAUAUGGUUUACCACCGCAGCUGCACAACCUCCAGCCGCCGCUCUACUACUAA